CCUUUAGCUUUUCUCGUUGUAAAUGCAGUGGUACUUCCGCUGAGAGCUCAUCACCAUAAUGUGGCAUAGCACCUUGAGGCGAAGUGAAAGUUAGGCAAGAUCAUCUCUUGACUAUGGAGUGCUACAAAGAUAAGCACAAUGUUCCCAGUGAAAACUGCUAGUGAACCGACAGUUGCUGCGUGCUAUCAUAGUGUAAACACCCGCGCGAUCCUAAUACCAAUCCCAUUCCCUCACACAGCUCUCUUUCCCCUCAUCGUCCCCGUGUACAGAUCUUUACAGAACUCACAUCUUUCACGAGCCAACCUAAACACAAGCUCUUGAGAGAAAGCAAUCUCAAUCCACCAUGAAGUACUUUCGUGCACUUCACCCUCAUGCACCUGAGAAACCGACAGCCGAAGAUGAUCAGACCAAGCGUGUGUCAGUCGCGAACAAUCCAUGGCAAGUCCCCCCCCUCCUCCUACAUCAACAACAAACAUGGCAUGAAUUCUCAUACCUUGAAAACUCCCUCGGCCAGCGACGAUCCGUCGUGCGUCUGCCACUUCAGAUAUCCCAUCCGUUUCCGCAAGCUCGAAGCCGUCGUAUGCGGUCCGGAAACAGGCCAGAUCCACGAGCUGCACCAGGACGAAACCCAGCUAGACGUGGCCUUCGAUGCGGUCGGCAGCCGAAUGCUCAUCAACGAGCACUACCCCAACCCCGUCAACCGCUCCAUGUCGGUCGACGUCAGCCUGAUCCUCAAAGCCAAGUACGUGCAGUUCGUGAACCUCGAAGGUCUCUCCGACCACUCCCUGCUCCUCACCUUGCGGAUCGGACGCACCGCCUCGGCCGUGAGGGGCAACAAGAUGAUCCUGAAGGAGAAAGUGCGCGGCUUCUUCGAGUGUCCGCCCUACAUGCGCCUGUUCGAGGAUCUGUACAAGUGCCGCUGGCCGGAGAAGUUCAUCCAGAUCCGGCUGCCCGAGAAACGAUGCAAGCGCUGGAAGACGGUAGCGCUGAUCCUCAAGGCGUUCAACCAGAUCACCUCCGAGAACUAUUGUCAAAUGGCGGGGAUGAUGAUGACCCCUCGUGUCGGGGGCUUGGAUGCGCGCGCCAUACAGAGGGAGAUCAAAGUCAGGAAGGAGAAGGGCAAGGGCCCGAAUAAGGUCCGCCGUCAGGAGCCUGUCUCGGCGAAAUACAGAGUUGCAGUGAGCGAUGCGGACAAGAUUGAGCGCGUGAACCAGGCAUAUGCGGUGCAUCUCAUGGCUUUCAUUAAUUCCUCCCCGUUCACCCCGCGCGAGUAUAUCGACAGGCUCUCUUGACUGCUGCGUAGCUCUGCGGCCGAGACUGUGUGCUGCGCAUCACCUUCGACUUCGAUCUAGCAGUGAGAAGGAGGACAUAUGAAGAGGAAGAGGGGAUUGUGACUAUCACAGCCUGUGGUGCUAAUGGGCUUACACCACAACCGAUCUUCGGGAUUAGCGAGAGAAAGUACAGACUCAGCAUAAGCAUAAGAUGCUCGAAAAUGAGGGUCACUUGGGGCAUCGAGGUCUUCGUUUCGGUCUUUGCAUCAGCGUUGGGCGCAGGUAUUUAGGGAGAAAACGCUUUAAGUCUUUUCAUUCCGGAUAAUUUCUUCCAUGAUGUGAAAUGUUAAUAUCUAAUGAGGUAAUGUUAUUACGGAUGAUCUUCGGCAGAACACCG